GCGAGCCUCAGGAGGAAAAAAAAACUUUCCCUCGCUUCUGUGCGGUUUCUUGGUGAGCCGAUGGUAGCCACCACUGUGUUUUGUUUUGGAGGAUUAAAUUUUUAACGACUCUGAGCUGUGUCAGCAUGUCCUUGACGGAUCAGCAGUGGUGUCCCACAAGCGUCCAGGUAACGGUACUCCAAGCCAGGAGCCUUAGGAUAAAGGGGAAAAGUGGCACCAACGAUGCGUACGCGGUCAUACAAGUGGGCAAAGAGAAGUACCAGACUUCAGUGGUGGAGAAAUGCGUGGCUCCGGUGUGGAAGGAGGAGGCCUCUUUCGACCUCCCGCAGCUGAACCAGGGAGGAGGAGGCAGCACGCUGCACGUCCACGUCCUUCACCGGGCUCUGGUGGGCCCGGACAAACUGCUGGGACAGGCGGUCAUUAAUCUGUCACAGCUCAGUGAGGACAAAACACGCAACAAAACCGAAUGGUUUAAACUUCUUGAUAAGACUGGUAAGCCAGACAAAGACAGAGGAGAGGUGCUUCUGGAUAUCCAGUUCAUGAGAAACAACAUGACUGCCAGCAUGUUCGACCUUUCUGCUGCUGGCAAAUCUCGGUCUCGUCUGGGCAAGUUCAAGGACAAAGUUCGUGGCAAGAAAAAGGAGUCAGAUUCUGUGACCAGCGUGGCGCCGUCCUUCAGUCAGGUCCUGACGGACAGCGAGGAGGAGGGCAACGGGGAUGGUGAAGCGGCGACGGGCAAGGAUGGAAAACAUAAGAAACACAAGAUUAAGUCUUUGUUUUCUCCAAAGUCCAACUUGCAGAAGAGCAUGUCUCAGUCUAUGUCUGUUCUGCCUGGGAAGAACUCCACGCUCACCGGCAGUCAAUCAUCUGGUCUGAAUGUCGAUUCCUCAGAGGGUAAAAAGAAAUUCAAGUUCAUGAUACAUAAACGCUCAGGCAGCUCAGGCAGCAAGGAUUCCUCAUCUGGUCGUGAAAAACAGGUUUCUGUAGAACAGAGUAAUUUAUGCAUCAAUGGCAGUCACGUAUACUGUGAGGAGCCGCCACCUCGGACUUCUCGCAUCAGCUCAAACUUCAGUCUGGCCAGUUCAGGUCAUGGAUCAAUGGAGGAUGUCCCUGAAAACUCUCCACCACCUGAGCAAGAAAAGGCAGCGAGGCAGUGUUCACCUUGGGAAGAGGAGGAGGAGGAGGAGGAGGAGGAGGAAGACACUCCUGAAGUUGAAAACAUUAAAGCGAAUGUGAGUGAAUCAAAAAGGACUAUAAUAGAGGAGGAGAGGAAAGAAGAGAAGGUUAAGAGGCAACAAGAGAGGCUUGAAAGUUUAGCUGAGGACAGAGAAAAACAAGAGGAAGAGGAGACAAGGAGUAAAGAAGAGGAAAAGAUUAGAAGUGAGGAAGAAAAGAGAAGACAAGAGCAAGAGGAAAGGGUUAGGAUGGAAGAAGAGCGUGAAAGAUUGGCAGAGGAAAAGAGAAUGCAAGUUCUAGAGAGAAGGAAAAUGGAGGAGGAAGAAAAGAAGAAAAGAGACGAAGAGGAAAGGAUUAGAAUUGAGGCAGAGAAGAAGAGGUUAGAAGAAGAGGAAAGGGUUAAGAUGGAAGAGAGAAGGCAAGAAGAGCAAAAACUGGCAGAGGAAAAGAGACUUGAGGAAGAGAUGAGGGCACAGGAAGAGAGGAGAAGGCAAGAAGAAGAGGCAAAAAUAGCUGAGGAAAAGAGAUUGAAGGAAGUAGAGAGAAGGAAACUUGAGGAGGAAAGAAGAAGGCAAAGAGAUGAAGAGGAAAGGAUUAGAACUGAGGAAGAGAAGAAGAGACUAGAAGAGGAGAGGGUUAAGAUGGAGGAAAAGAGAAGGCAAGAAGAGCAAAAACUGGCAGAGGAAAAGAGACUUGAGGAAGAGAAGAGGGCACAAGAAGAGAGGAGAAGGCUAGAAGAGGCAAAAAUAGCUGAGGAAGAAGAGAGGAUUAGAAAGGAAAACGAGGAGAAGGAGGAAGAGAGGAGACGAAAAGAGGAGGAGGAGCUGCUGAGAAAACUAGAAGAAGAGCAAGAGAAAAAAAGGAUACAGUUGGAGCAGGAAAGGAAGCAGAGGGAGGAAGAAGAGAGGGUUAGGAAAGAGGAAGAGAAGAAAAGGCAAGAAGAGGAGGAACGGGCUAAGAAAGAAAGGGAAGAACAUGAGAGAUUAGAGGAGGAGAGGAAACGGAUUGAGGCAGAGGAGAAAAUUAGACAGCAAGAAAGGAUCAGGAUGGAAGAAGAGGAAAAAAGGAGACUAGAAGAACAAGAAAAUCAAAGAGCUGAAGAGGAAAGACUUAGGAAAGAGGAGGAGAAGAGACAGGAGGAUGAGGAGAGGGCUAGGAAGCAAAGAGAAGAAUAUGAAAGACUGUUAGAGGAAAAAAUGCAACAAGAAGAACAAAGAAGACUUGAGGAAGAGGAAAGAAUUAGAAGGGAAGAAGAGGAAAGGGUUAAGAUGGAGGAAGAGAUGAAGAGGAGAAAAGAGGAAGAAGAAGAGAUGGCUAGAAAGGAAAAGGAAGAAAUGGAGAGGCUGGAGGAAGAGAGAAGACUGCAGGAACAAGAAAAGUGGAGGAUUGAGGAAGAGGAGAGGAUUAGGAGAGAGAAGAAGGAAGAGGAGGCAAGGAAGCUGGAGAAGUUGAGGAAUGCAGAAGAGCAAGAGAAGAGGGGAAACAAAACAACAGAUGAAGUUAGGGCUGCAGGGAAGAAACCCAAAGUGAGCAGUCCUGCAGUCACUUCCACUAAUCCUUUUGAUGAAACCUUCUCUUCCAACCCCUUUGAGGAGAUUCCCGAGUCCCUCGACAGCAGCACAGCAGAAGAGCCAACGGUUCAGCAACGGUGUCACUCUGCCGUGUCAUCGGUGAGAAGUAAGACCGGUUCCGUGGAUGAAAAGGACCUGAUUAGUAUUCAACGAGAGAAGCGACCAGCUCCUCAGCCGCCAGUAAGGAGUCAAGCUGGCAAGCAACCUCACAGGGAGCAGGAUGUGCCGGCACGACAUCUGGCACAAAUUAACAAGCAAAGCAAAGACAAAGAUGUCAAAACUGUCAGUGUUCCCCCACAGCGCUCGGUGCAAAUGAUCGCUCCGCUGUGUAGGUCUCCCACAGAUUCAAAGAACUCCCAGAGCCUGACGCAAAGCAAUAACGCUAAUGGAACAACAAACGAAGCCAAACACAGCAAACGUCCUGCGCCGUCCGUACCGCCUCCUGUGGGAGAAAAGCAGUCAUCAGAACCAAAAACGAGCUCUAAUCUAGACGGCGCAGAGACCAAACAAGUUAAAGUUGUUUGUGGCUUAAAUCCUUUUGAGGAUGAUGAAGAUGAAAGUGAGCUCACAGCUCAAGAUGACACAGCAUCCUCUAGUAAUACUGGUUCAAUACACUGGCCUCCAGCUGUGUCACAAAGUGGAGAUAAAGAUGCUGCCUCUCAACCAAAAAUCAAAUCCUCAAAGAUGGCCCACGCUCCCCCACCUCCUGCAAAGAAUGACAUCAGCUCGAACACUUUAACGAACCCGGGCACGGAAAGAAGCCAUGCUACAGGUGAUCGAAGUGCAGCUGCGCCCGAUAACGAUGCACUCCAAGCAUGCGACCCAUAUUAUGAGUCCACAAGUCCUGGGUAUGUCCCAGUGAGUCCACUCCAAGAGUCCCAGUCCCUUAAAGUCCAGAAUAUAGUGGAGACAGGUGUGAAGAAAGACGGGGCCCCUACACCUUCACGCAGGCUUCAGCCGGUAAGACCUCUUAAUCCUCUCGAGCAGCAGGGUGCCUCAGUUGUUCAAGGGGAAAAUGAAAACAAAUCCACAGGAAUCCCCAGUGGACUUCAGGACAAAACAAUGGUGGAUGACGGUGGGAUGAAACGGCCUUACUCCCAGCUGACCCGGGAGGAACUGAUCUCUCUGAUCUUGAAACAGGAGAACCAGCUCUCGGAGAGAGAUGAUAAGAUAUCGGAGCUGGAGCAGUACAUUGAUAAUUUACUUGUGCGAGUCAUAGAAGAGAAGCCAAGUAUCCUCAUGUCCUUGACCGCUAUGAAGAAAGCUGCUUAGGUAGCUUUGCAGGCGUCACUGUAUUCUUGCUGCACUUAAUCAGACCUGUUUAUUCACAGCUCGUCCACAUUAGAAAUAUCACUUUAUAGAUGUAUUGGUUACGUUUAUGCAACUGGAAUACUUUUGCUGUAAAGUAUGGAGGAACACUUUAGAUUUCAAAUAUUUCAUCACCCAAUAAAAUUAAUGAUUUGAGGGAAAGAAAAUCCUUUAAAUAUUUAGCUCUCUCAGCUAAAGGAUUCAGUUUGGAAAGACGCUGUAGUUUUUAGAUGAUCGAUACAUUUAGACAUUUGUUUCAUGUGAGAGUUUAAAGGAUAUCUUGUAUAUAUUUGGUCAUGCCUUUCAUCUUUCUUCUGGAAAUAACUUUGAUAAAUGUGUCAUCCUGCCAGCAUAGCAGACUUGUUGCAUUUCAUGGCGAAACUCCAGUUGAUUUCUCUCUGUAGAGCUUACUGUCAAAGUUUACUGCUAAUCCCCAUGUGCACUUUAAGUAGCUCACACUAUUAACUGUUAAGACACUGAACACUGUACUGAGUAUUUUUACUGCUUAAAUAAAUUUGAAAAAUAAAAUAAAACCAUGA